AAAAAAAGUAGUAGCUGUAGAUAACGAUUUCGCUAUCCACUGUCUUCUAAAUCACCUUGUCCAAUGCCAUCAUCAAUGGCCGUCUCGACGACAUUGUCGACAACCGCUGCUUCACUCUCCUUCUCUUCCUCUUCAAUCUUCCUCUCUUCCUCAUCUCAAAGAAUCCCCAAACUUAACAUUCUUCCCCUCUCAAAGGCCCCCAAAACCUCUCUCAAAUCCCUCACCAUCUCCUCCCAGCUCGCAACGCUACCUAUCUUCUCCUUCUCUGGCGAAAAAAUCGGCGAGACCUUCCUCGACUUGAAGUCCGCCCCACAGGAGACUGCUCGGGCCGUCGUCCACCGCGCAAUCAUCCACGACCUCCAGAACAAGCGCCGCGGUACUGCCUCCACACUCACACGCGGGGAGGUUCGCGGCGGCGGGAAGAAACCAUACGGACAAAAGAAAACAGGUCGGGCACGGAUGGGGUCAAUUCGAACUCCGCUCCGGCCCGGUGGUGGCGUAAUUUUCGGGCCCAAGCCCAAAGACUGGUCGAUUAAGAUGAAUAAGAAGGAGAAGCGAUUGGCGAUUUCGACGGCACUGGCUAGUGCGACUGAGAGUAUGAUUGUGGUGGAGGAUUUUGGGGACAAGUUCGAGAAGCCGAGGACUAAGGAUUUUAUUGAGGCGAUGAACAGGUGGGGGUUGGACCCAAAGGUGAAGGCGAUGUUCUUGAUGAAGGAGUUGAUGGAUAAUGUGAAGAAAUCCGGGAGAAAUAUUGGGACAUUGAAAAUGUUGACUCCGCGGACGCUUAAUUUGUUUGAUAUAUUAGAUGCUGAGAAGCUGGUGCUGACACCGGAGACUGUGGAUUACUUGAAUGGAAGAUAUGGUGUGAAUGCGAAUGAGGAAGAUGAGGAGGGAGAAGAAGAAGAGGAUGUUCAAGGUUCUGAGGCAGAUGAGAAUUCUGAUGCAAAAGAGUAAUGGUGCCAUAUAUUGUAAGUUUGUAACCACUACUCCCAUGACUGAAUGAGGAUCCAUCUCAAUUCACAUUAAAGGUAUGCACUACCCAGUGGUGAAAACCAAAGAAUAUGUUAUGUUUGCAGGCUUAAGCCUUGCCAUACUGCGAGCUGGUUUUAGCAUAUAUUUUCUGGUCUAUCAAUUUUGUAUUUGCUUGCGCAGUCUCACAAAAAAUUGAUGCACUUAGAUCAUGUACCUUGUUCUUCUUCAGUAUUGUGUUCUGUUUCA